GUUGGCCAACACUUGUUUUUUUUCCCUUCACUUCUGCUUCUCCUUAGGAAAUGGGUAGCCAGUCUAAAGGCCAAUACGAUGGCGGUUCAUCACCUGGUCUAUCUGGGCUGAUGCAAGAUGUCGAUUCUUAUAUUUAUGAACUUUCAUCCAAUCAAUCUCAAACUGGUGUGGCUGGACAAUCCAGUUAUCCGCAGCAGCAAUCUCGUCCUCAUAACGGCUACAUGCCUUCUACGCAUCGACAUCAGAAUAUGCCGUACAAUCAGUACGACAAUCCAAGUCUUCUCGCACCAUACAACAGAGAUUCCGUCGGAUCGUAUGAAGACCAUGGCUAUCCCAGCUAUGGCUCACAGCCUUAUCAAAGUAGUACACAAGCGCCUGCCUAUUACUCUAACUCUUCGACUGCUUCUUACGGACAACAACAACAGUACUAUGAUGCAACAUACAGCAACCAAGGCUACCCUGCAGCGGUGUAUCCUCCUGUAGCUGCUGCAAAUGAUGUGUAUCCUCCGACGUACCCGAGAUAUAGUCUAUCGGAUAGGCAAUCGGACGGUGGCCUACAGAUGCCUGUUCCUUCUGAUUAUUCUUAUGCACAUCAGACAGCAGCAGGAUAUGAAACAUCCUAUCCGCCGUCCGAUUACCAGUCAGUUCGUACUCCACCAGGCUCCCCUGGACACCGCUAUACGACUCAUAAUCGUCCUUUGUCGGGCCAAUUUUAUCCGACCUCACCAUCCAACCAACACUUUCAACAGAACGAUACUUCGUCCACAUACAGCAAUGACUACAGUCAGGUCAGCAGUCGCUUUGACAGAAUAUCGUUAGAUCAACGUCCUCCGCCGCCUGCCUUACCAUCGCACGAUUCGUAUACCAACACGACGUUAUCGUCCUCAUCAUCUCAGCGUCAUCACCAUCCUUUGCCCGAAACCCCAGCCAACAUGGUCGAGCAAAAAAGUCUACCUCUCCCACCGCCCGAGAUCCCUCCCAAGUACACCGAAGCGAAAGGGCUACCUCAACCACCGUACGGUGUGCCUGAAAAGGAAUCUCAUUACAAUCAUCGAGCGGCUCCACCAGCUCCCAUUGUCAUUGCGCCUGUAGUACCCCCUCAAGCGCCUGUGAAAACGUAUCAUCUCUCCAGAGAUGAUGAUGUUGACUCUCCUCCGGACAGUCCUAUAUUUCAAAAGGUGGCGAAAACGACUGCUUAUGCCAUGCAGGGGAAUAACUAUGCCUUUCUUUCCAUCCUUUCAAGAGCUUUCACCGCCAAAAUUCGAGCUUUGGAACAUGUCCGUGAAUUGUUCUGUGCGUUUGAGUAUCCAGAAAGUUUUACUGGUCAGGAGGCAGUGAAUACCCUAAGGGCUCUUUUGCCUGAGCAUUUCACCAAUGCGCAAUGUCUCAAGGUUGCCAAGGCGCUUAUGCAUACUAAGCCUCAACUGUUCAUGCCGAUUCCCUAUUCUGAAAAAUCAUUACUGAAAAACACUGUUUACGACUCGCCGGACGAGAUUUACACUUUCGACGAAGAUACUGGCGACCAAGAAUAUCCUUAUGGCAUCUACACUCCACUUACUCCAUGCUAUGUUCGCGGUUGUAUGCCAGCUGGAGGUGGUUGUUACGCCCCUCGAUGUCCUAAUCGUCCUCCCCGUAGAGAUGUUCCAGUGUUGACUCAUGUAACCGAGGUUACCGAGGAUCAACAGUUAACAACAGAUAAUGACGGGAAUGAUCAUCGUGCAUCCGUGCACUCACAGAAUUCAUUUGAAGCGGCCGAACAUAUAGAAGAAGAGGAUACGCCUCACUCUAUUCGUGCAUGGGCUGCUAAUGUGCCGGAAGAGUUGCGAAGUAGCACAUCCAAGGACGAAAUUGCUCGACAAGAAGCUAUCUACGAAUUUGUGUAUUCUGAAGAGGAUUACAAUAAGGAUCUCAAUGUGUUGCACGAGUUCUUUGUGGAACCACUUAAAACGUCUUCGAUCAUUGAUUCCAAUAAGCGAGACUCCUUCAUCAGAGAAGUCUUUAGUAAUUAUCAGGAAAUUCGACAAAUCAGUACAGAUGUUUACAGGGAUUUGAGAGAUCGUCAACGCAAAUACGACAAGGAACGCGUUCCUGAGAUCGGUGAUGUGUUCUUAAAACACCUUCCCAGCUUUGUCGAGCCAUACCGGCAAUAUGGACCUCAUUUCAUUUUGGCUGAACAUGCCGUGCAAUCUGAAACCAAGAAGAACGUGGCAUUUGCCAACUUUGUGAAAGAAACGGAAUCGCGCGACAUUGAGCGUACUCGCCGACUUCCAUUCCGCCAUUUCCUUAUUUAUCCCGUCACUCGUAUGCAACGUUAUCCAUUGUUGCUUGACGCUAUAUUGAAAAAGACACCUGAAGACCACCCAGAUCAUGCCAACUUGACGGCUUGUCUUGAAAUCAUUCGAGGCAUUGCUACAGAUGUCGAUAAAUUGACGGCUGCCUCCAAGCAAAAACUGCGAGUCCUUCAACUUGAUGAAUACAUCACGUUCAAGCAAGGUGAAAUUGUCGAUCUCCAGUUGACCGACCCACAACGUCAAUUGUUCUUUGAAGGAGACCUCAAACGUCGCAACACCAGUGGUUUGGAAAUGACGGAAAAGCAAGAUUUGCAUGUAUUCUUGUUUGAUCACGUCCUGUUAAUGACCAAACCUCGCAAGGGUAUUACGGAUGAAGAAUAUGUCGUCUGGCGACCACCCAUCCCUCUCCAACUGUUAUUUGUGCAUAACAACAGCGAUUUUGGUCUAUAUACCCCUCUCACUGCAGGGUCGAACAUGCUCAUGACAAGCACCGGUAAUGGUGCCGGCACCAAUGCUCUUACCAUUCAUCAUCUUGGUCAGCGUGGAAAUAUGUAUCACUUUUAUGCCAAUACCACCACCGAGAAGCAACAAUGGAAGGAAAAGAUUGACGAGGCCAAGGAAGCAUUGCGAAAGAAGCAUGGUGAUCGUGAAGUAUUCGAACUUCGUACUCUUAGCGACUCCACUUUCCCCAGCACUACCAGCAGCUCUAUUACUGGUAUGGGCAAAGUCAACUGCUCGACUCCGUUCAUGGGCAGUGAUGGAUAUAAGCGUGUGGCAGUCGGAACUGAUGCAGGUGUAUGGUUUGGCUUAGAGGGUGAUACCAACACUUUCAGACGAGUUCUGUCAUCACAAUCCGUUACUCAACUGGCUGUUCUGGAGGACAAUAAUAUUUUACUUGUUCUAGCAGAAAAAUCCUUGACGGCUUAUCCCGUACACCUCUUGACAUCUCCUGUCAAUAGCAAGGCUCCCGAUCGACAUUCUCAAUCCAUUGCUCAGCACGUAGCUUAUUUCCAAACCGGUGUUUGCAAUGGCAAAAAUUUGGUUGUCUACAUGAAGCGCAAGAACACCAACAGUGUCUUCACAGCACUUGAACCUUCGUGCGGUGAUUUGCGUGAUCCCAAAAACGCAAAGAUGUUGACCAAUCGACCUGGUUUCUUGGGUCGUGGAGGUUCGACCUGGUUCAAGCAUUAUAAGGACUUUUACAUUGGAGCAGACUCUAGCAAUGUGCACUUUUUGAAGUCCAAGAUCAAUGUUGUUUGCGAGAAAGGAUUUGAGAUCAUCGAUCCUGAAAACCUCAAUAUCAGCCGUAACCUUCCCGAUCUCCUCGAUCCACAGUUCAAUUUUGUGCAAAGACUAGGCGAUUCCUUGAAGCCUUUGGCUAUGUAUCGUAUCCACGACAAGUUCUUGAUGUGCUAUAACAAGUUUGCCUUUUACGUGGAUAAUCAUGGUGCUCUUGUUCCACGCGGUCCUUCUAGAACACCAUUGCUGUGUGAAUGGGAAGGCACACCUGAUUCCGUCGUGUACUUCCAUCCUUACAUCAUUGCGGUUGAACCUCAAUUCAUUGAAGUUCGUAACGUGGACAAUGGAGAGCUCAUUCAAAUUGUUCCUGGUGAACAUGUUCGUCUAACCCACUAUGGCGCUACCAACACAUACCCGGUUAUCCACGGUUGCAUGAAUCAUUCGUUCAGACCAGAGUACCAACACCUCUUCCAAUUCGUCAACCACAUGCAGCGAACCAGUAGCCAGACCAACUAUGCCUCUAUGCGAAGAUGAUGAAUUGAAUUCAUCGCCUACUCCCUUACAAUUUAUUCUUUCUUCCGUGUAUCAUUUUUGUUUGUAUUCACUCUCAUUGUUCAUUCGAUUGUUCUCUUAGACACCAUGAACACAGCUAGCUAUCUUCACUGCUACCCGUAAUGCUCCACGGCAACUCCUUUUGCCCCCUCCGCCCCCCCCCCCCCAAAAAAAU